AUGGUUUCAUUUUUCUCGCUCACCACACAGGCUUUAACUUCGCUUGCUUUUGCUUUAGUUGUUCAAGGUAUUGCUAUUCCUGAAGGUCUUGACAAAAGAGAUGGUCCAGGCUUCGUUGCGUUGGAUUUUGAGGUCAUCAAGAAGCCGCUUAACCUCAACAUCAGCGAGAGUGCUCUCAAGUCAAACGAGAAGAGAUAUGUCCCCUUGACCUUGAUCGACGAAGGUACUUCUUACGCUGCUAACAUCAAUGUUGGUUCAAACAAGCAAAAGCAAACGGUUAUCAUUGAUACCGGGUCCAGUGACUUGUGGGUUGUUGACGCCAAUGCCCAGUGUCAAAACAACGUACAAUGCAAAGGCGAUGGCACCUUCAACCCCAGCACUUCGACCACUUACCAGAGCUUGGGUACUCAAUUUGAAAUUGAGUACGGUGACUACUCCACCUCCCAGGGAACAUGGUCAAAGGACACCGUUGGUUUUGGUGGUGUCUCGAUCACUGGACAACAGUUUGCCGAUGUCGACACCACAUCCGUGAAACAGGGAAUUUUGGGAAUCGGUUACAAAAGUGGUGAGAGUAACUCUCAAUAUGAUAAUGUCCCUGUAUCCCUUAAAAAACAAGGUAUCAUUGCCAAGAAUGCUUACUCGCUUUACUUGAACGCACCUAAUGCUGCAACGGGUACAGUCAUUUUUGGUGGAGUUGACAAAGCAAAAUACUCCGGAAACUUGAUUACCAAUAAGGUUACUAGAAGUGACAGAUUGUCAAUCCAGUUAAAUGGGAUCAAUUACAAUGGAAACCAAUACAGCAACUCAAAGGACGCCUUGUUGGACUCGGGAACCACACUCACCUAUUUGCCAGAAGAUGUUGUUAGCAGCAUUGCUGAACAAGCUGGAGCUUACUUAGUGCAAACUCUGAGCGGGCAGGAGGUCUACCUUGUUGACUGUGGUGUCAACACCAACGGUAACGUCGCUUUCUCCUUCGGUAACGGUGCUUCUAUCACCGUUCCACUUUCGGAGUUUGUUCUCCAAUCUGGACAGUAUUGUGUUUGGGGAAUCCAACCCGACACCAACCUCCCACUUUCUAUCUUGGGUGAUAACUUUUUGCGUCACGCCUAUGUUGUCUACAACCUUGAUGCAAAUACAAUUUCAACUGCUCAAGUCAAGUAUUCUUCAAGUUCAUCCAUCUCGGCAAUUUAA